UUCUGCCUCCUGAUAUCUCAAACCAAGACACAGAGUGGUAAUAGGGAAGACCUUGUGAAAAUGCGCUGCACACCUGAGAUCCAAGCAGCAUUUAUUCUUUCCCCCUUUGUGAGCUUCUUCAGUGGGCUCCUCAUCUUAUUCAUUUUCAGGAUGAUCUGGAAGGCCACAAAAAGAUGGCACAACAUCAACAGAACAGGAAUUCUCUUGCCUAUGGGAACUCACAUGUCAAAUACCAUCGGUGGUAAACAUUUUAAAAACCUUCACUUCUGCGGAGUAUUCCGUGAUCGUAUAGAAAUGUUGCUUUCAGCACAGACCUUUGAGGGGCAAGUGUUGAUGAUCCUUGUCUUUGUACUAAGCAUCGGGUCUUUUAUAAUCUAUUUCAUCAACUUUACUGACCCUGUGAGAAGCUGUUCUUCAUACCAAGGCAAAACCAUCCCUAUUGAUUUGGCUUUCAAUGCUUUUUUCAGUUUCUGUUUUGGGUUGAGAUUUUUGGCAGUUGAUGAUAAGAUCAAGUUCUGGUUGGAGGUGAAUUCAAUUGUGGACAUCCUCACCAUCCCACCAACCUUUAUUUCUUAUUAUCUGAAGAGUAAUUGGCUAGGUCUAAGGUUCCUAAGAGCUUUGUGGCUGCUAGAACUCCUUCAAAUCUUGCAAAUUCUACAAGCCAUCAGGACCAGCAAUUCCCUGAAGUUUUCCAAACUGUUAGCCAUAAUUCUUAGUACCUGGUUCACUGCUGCAGGAUUCAUUCACCUGGUAAGCAUCUCCUCAGACCCCUGGCUCAAAGGUAGAAAUUCACAGAAUAUAACGUAUUUUGAGUCCAUUUACCUGGUCAUGGCAACAGCGUCAACUGUUGACUUUGGAGAUGUGGUGGCCAAGACAUGCCUAGGAUGGACCAUCAUUUUCUUCACCCUGGGGAGUUUGAUACUGUUUGCAAACUAUGUCCUUGAAAUGGUGGAACUUUUUGUCAACAAGAGAAAAUACACCAGUUCCUAUAAAGUGGUCAAAGGGAAGAAGUUCAUCGUGGUGAGUGGAAACAUCACUGUGGACAGUGUGACUGCCUUCCUGAGGAAGUUUCUCCACUGCAAGUCAGUGGAAAUCAACACCAAGAUUGUUUUCCUGGGAGAGGUUCCUCCUUCUUUGGUAUUGGAAACCAUAUUUCAAUGCUACAUGGCCUAUACAACUUUUAUUUCUGGAUCUGCCCCGAAAUGGGAGGAUCUGAGGCGAGUUGCGGUGGACUCUGCAGAAGCGUGCCUGAUCACAGACCCUUUGUGUAGUGAUCCACAUGCUGAAGAUACUGCAAACAUUAGGAGCAUGCUCUCUAUCAAGAACUAUUACCCUAAGACCAGAGUCAUCAUACAGAUACUUCAGUCCCAUAACAAGGUUUUCCUGCCAAAGAUUCCCAGCUGGAACUAGAAUGCUGGAGACAACAUUAUCUGCUGUGCUGAAUUAAAGCUUGGAUUUAUCGCCCAAGGCUGUUUGGUGCCAGGCUUGUGCACCUUUCUGAUGUCUCUAUUUGUUGAACAAAACCAAAAGGUGCUGGCGUUCUGGCAAAAAUAUUUCUGUAACAGCCUGAAGAACAAAAUCCUGACUCAGCGUCUCUCUGAUGACUUCGCUGGAAUGAGUUUUCCUGAAGUUUCCCGGCUCUGCUUCGUGAAGAUGCAACUCGUGCUCAUUGCCAUUGAGUACAAAUCCAGGUUUCACAGUUCCUACUGUGGUCUGAUAUUAAAUCCACCUGCAGAAGUUAGGCUGCAUAAGAAUACAUUAGGGUUCUUUAUCGCCGAAUCUACAAAGGAUGUCAAAAGAGCCGCCUUUUACUGUGCCGCCUGUCACAGUGAUGUGUACACUCGUGAGCUCAUUGGAAAAUGUAGCUGCAAAAGCAAGAAUCAUCAACAUAUCACAGAUGCAACACCGAUUAAAAAGAAGAGCAGCCAGAAGGAAUUCUCGUCUGCCACACCGAGGGGUUCUUUUCCAAGGGAGCAGUCAAAAAUGGGGGGCAGCUUGAGCAUCGCCCCCAGGACUUUUCUGUAUGAAACGGAAGACAAUUCUGACCAGCUUGACAGCAGUGGCGUGUGUCACUGGUGCAAAGCAACCCCUUUGGACAGGGUGAUUCUGGGGUCUGCACUCUUUCCUGCGGACCUCCAUGCAGUCAGCCUAGAGGAGUGUUCCAUGUAUGCUGUCUUAUCCUCGCCGUCCAUGUCAUCGAGCAGCCAGACUUUGGUGGACACAGAGGCCAUCAUGGCCACCCUCAAUGUCGGAUCACUGCGGAUCGGCUACUCUGCCCAGAAAGAGCCAGGUGAGACCACCCCCCUGACAGGAAGGGGCCGUGGGGAAUGGCAUAGGAGAGAGAGUGAACUCUCUGAAGAACUUCAGUCACAGGGUGUAGGAGAGGUUGGGCCAGGGCCAGUUGGCCUCUAUGGUCCCUUCCAACUCUCAAGAAUUUCAUAA